CCCGCUGCGGCGCGUGCGGCUGGCGGCGCGCGGGGUCGGCCGGCGAGGUCACUUCCGGCGCUCCGUGGCCGGUAUUUCCGGUGGGGCCUGGCCCGGCGGAGGGAUGGGGCGCGGCGGGAGCGGAGAGGCUGCUCCCGGUGCUGUCGCCUAGCUCUGUGCCCGCUACCCCGGCUGCACCACCAUGGUGUCCGUCACGAUGGCGACAUCUGAAUGGAUUCAGUUUUUCAAGGAGGCUGGGAUCCCCCCAGGCCCCGCUGUCAACUAUGCAGUUAUGUUUGUGGAUAACAGAAUCCAGAAGAACAUGUUAAUGGAUCUGAACAAGGAGAUCAUGAACGAGCUGGGCAUCACAGUGGUAGGAGACAUCAUUGCCAUCCUCAAACAUGCCAAAAUCGUGUACAGGCAGGAGAUGUGCAAGGCAGCCACCGAACUGCUCUGCCCCAGUUCCCCCAACGUCCAAGCUGAGCUGCGCCGCAACGCCAAUAGCGCUGCCAGCCGGAUGAUCGCCAACAGCUUGAGCAGAGACUCGCCUCCUGCCACCCCGCUCCGACAGCAGCCCCAUGCCUCCAAAAUCUCCGUCACUGUGUCCAACAAACUGGCCACUGCAAAGGCAGGAUUAUGUGAUGCAGCAGACGAAAACCCAGCCAUCCCGGUGAAACGCCGCCGGGUGACAGCAGAAAUGGAAGGGAAAUACAUCAUCAACAUGCCCAAGGGCACCACACCGAGGACAAAGAAAAUCCUGGAGCAGCAAGCGGCCAAAGGUCUGCAGAGGACAUCUGUGUUCGACCGGCUGGGAGCUGAGGCAAAAGCAGACACAACCACAGGAGGGAAGCCCACAGGGGUCUUCAGCAGACUGGGUGACGCUUUGGGGACUGAUGGGGACAAAGCCACCGAGAGUGACGAUGACUGCUCUGUGCUCCAGUACGCUGGCGUCCUAAAAAAACUUGCCAAACCUCCCCGUAAGGAAAGCACUGAGCUGGGAGGGACCGUCAAGGCGAAAGCCACCAGUUCGGAAGCCAAACCGGUCACUGUCACCACAGCCAUCCAGCAGCGUGGUCACAGGAAUGCCACCAGUAUCCGUAUGGCAGCGAAACCGCAACCAGCUGCAUCCAAAAUCGGCCUCAUCAGCAUCGCCACGGUGCCAGUUGAAGCCCAGGAUGGUGAUGUCACCAGCACGAAGGAUAAAAACGAACCCGAAUUUCGGGUGACGAUCAAAAGGACCUGGGGGUGCGGGAAGGUGAGCAGCACUAGUGAGACCCCUGGAGCUCAGAUGGACAGCGCUGGCACCAUUAGUGUCUUUAAACGGCUGGGGAAGAAACCGGAUUGAUCCUGCAGCGCUUUUCCCUUCACGGUUUUCCGCUUGUUCCGUCCCCUCCUGAUGGUCGCCUGCUGUCUGCCAUCCCAUUUAUUCACCCUCAAGAAUGGGCAGAGUCUCAUCCUGCCUUCCUCCUUGCUGAUCCCACGGGUGAACAACGCUGAUCCCCCGGGGAAAGGCUUAAUCUCACGGGGAGACACUAAACCUGUGGGAAAACAGCGGAGGGAAGAGGGGAAAAGCCCUUCCUGACAGAUUUCCUGCCUGCCAGGCAUCCCUGCCUGCUCCUGCCUGCCAAGCUGGCAGCUGCGAGGCCAAAUUGUUGCUCUUGAUCUACCAGCACCACCAGCACCAAAACUCCCCCCCCCCAUAUUUCCCUACUCUGCAGGUUCUUUCCUGUAUUUAGGAAUUUGUACCUGGAUAACUCCAUACAGAGAGGGGGGGUUUCCCUAUUUUUUCUGUUUUCCUCUGCAGGGCUUUUUUCCUGCAUUUAGGAAUUUGCACCAAAACGACUCUGUAAAUAAUCACUACAGAAUGCUAGCUUGCUGUGGGGAUUCUUAAUUUUUAAGACUUUCAGGUCAACCUCCAAAAAAACCCCCAAAAGCUUCCAAAAACACUCAUCAGGGGCUCAAAAAAAAAAAAUAUCCAAAAAUUGCCUUAAUUUAAGCAACGCCUUCAGUCCACCACUUGCAGUUUUAGGCUCGAGCUCAGCCCCCCAUAGAACCUGAAAUGGCCACCGUGGGGUUUUGCCAAAACUAUUUAUUUCCCCAAAAAUUUGUUUUUCCCCAAAAUUUAUUUCCAACGAUGUCACCAGGGGUGUCUUCACCCUGCACCUGUGCAGCGUUGCUGUAAACCCUGAAAAGACAUUUUUUUCUCCCCAAACUGAAGACAGGGUGGGCAGGCACAGCCAUGUGGUAAGUCAGGGCCAUAACGGUGAGUCUUUUUAAUAAGAAAAAACACUAUUUUACCCUAUUUUGGAAGGUUUUCUUUGCGAUUCGGACAUUGUUUGGCGUGUGAAAAUGAGUGGUUUCUCCCAGUUUUUGGCUUUCUACAUCACCCGCCAGCUCGCGGGGGAGCUUUUAGCAAUAAAGCGUGGAAGCAGC